AUAAACCAACGAAAAAAAAUUGUCGUUUCUUAACAAGUGAUAAAUUCAACAGGAAGUUUAGUGAAAUUUGCUACAAAAUUACAGCUUUUUCGUCAAAAAUUUCAGUUGUGUAGAUGUGGCAACGUUGCUUGACAGUUUAUCUCCUCAUAAACGCCUAACCUAACAACCAUAUAGUUUGACAGUUUUGCAGUUUUAUGGUUCGAUGUGUAUAUAAUAGUUUGAAAAUGCAGUGUUUUUAUUUUAAUUUAUAACUAUAAGUAUAGGACUUAGUUGUUUUAACUAAAGUUUCAACGAAUAAGAGAACAUGGCCGCAACGAGCUGGAUGCGAUAUCCAAACACACGUCGGUUUCAAAGAGGUCGAUCCGCAAACAAAGAAGACGACAUUAAUAUCGACGUAAAAAGCGAUUCUCGACAAAAUGUCACAAAUAUACUAUCAGCGCUUUGCCAAAUGUCGGAUAUAUCAGAUGGAAAACGCUUAAAUUACUUAAAUGCUUUUGUUAAAGUUACCCUGCAUAUUGAGGGCAACUUUGAAAGCAUCGGAUUUAGCAUGGGGGACGUUUUAUGUUGCUUGCGCAUAGCUCUGCUCCACGAGUCGACUCAAGUCAGAUCUGGGGGUCUAAGGGCCAUCCGUCACGUCUUACGCAACGAGGACGACAUAGCCCAGCUCAACAAACUCUUAAUUCCUUUUUUAAUAGCCAGAUCGUUGGACUUGAUGUUAAAAAACGACGUCGAACGAAUCGAAGCAAUGAAACUCAUUCGAAAAAUUCUUUUACUCUCACCUUCCAACUUCCAUGUGGCUCUAGCCCGAAGUUUAGUGGCUUUAGCCAAUGGUGUUGUGGAAGAAAAAGACAGAAUGUUGCGAAUCUGUCUCGCUACAUUGUGCGAAUUGGGGGUAGUUAACACGAGUUUAUUUAUUGAAACUGGAGGCGUAGCUGCUAUUACCAGGAAUUUGCUAGAAUGUCAGACUCCGAAAAUAGCGGAGUCUUUGUGUGGAGUUUUGUUACUGUUGUUGGAUAAACCAUCGACUAGGAAUCAGGCGGCCAUUGACCUGCACUCCAUAGCAGCUCCUUACUGUGAUUUUCACUACAGACACGGCUGGAAAGACAAGGACAAAUUUGUGGAUGAGCGGGAAUUACGUUUCAAUUGCAGUCGACUUGCCCUUUUGUCAAUUCUUCGUAGCUGGCCCGGAAUUCUGCACUUUUGUGGGCCGUCCAAUAAGGCGGGGCUUAGGGCGGUCGUUGAGGUUUUAUAUUUGAACCAAUUGGAAGUCAGGAAAGCAGUUUUGGACUUAUUGUAUGAGCUACUGGGCUUGCCUCAACCCGAAUGGACUGACGAACUGUCGGUGGCUUUGAGCGCUGUCGAUCCAUGCGAGCCCCAAUCUUCCUGGAGACUCAACGAAGGCUUUGUCGUCGCCGAGGGCCGUUCUAUUCUACCUCACUUAGCCAAAACCACUCCCAGUAUCAGUGACAUGCACUUAUCCCUCCUUCUCUACUGUUUCCUCGAAUGUGGGCUGUUAGGUGCGAUAGUCGAAGUGAUUGCAACUAGUGACACUUUUAUUAGCGUUCGAGCAACCGUCCUUCUUGGUGAACUUUUACGCUUAAUUCAAAUUCUUCUUCCUCCCGAAUGUUGUAAUAUUUCUCCCGCACUUCCAACACUAUUGGAAUACGCAACGUGUGGGAAACCUCAAGCAGUUAAGGCCGUUAAUGGUCUUCAACAAUUACAAAAGUUGUUGAGGGCUAGGCCGGCUUCUUAUAGUCUUCACCUAGACUUUAUACUCAGAAGUGGCGGCAAUGUUAAAUUUUCGAGUAAAAACAGCAAGAAGAGUCGACACAAACUAAAGACGUUGAAGUUUAAGUUGCAACAACUGGUGGGAAAAGACGGAGAUGAUGUGAUAAAAGAAACCGGGGUUUUGGUGAAUAAAGAUCCAUACACAUGGAACUGGAACCUCAUCAAAAUUGUAUUGAAGGGUGAAUCUUUGAAGAUCGACCUGUCGGAAACCUCCCACCGCAACUUCAUGAAACGUCUUGUCGAUUUCUAUACUCCUUCGCGCAAUCGCUACUCCCACAUGGACUUGAGUACUCCCAAAGUCAGUAUUGCGUACACAUUGACUGGAAUCGACUUGAUAAACUGUCUCCUCGAACUGGAAGAUGAAGAAAGCACUCGCAUGUUGCUUGAUUUGUUGACAGACAUUUUGGGUAACAUUAAUGCCAUAACAAGUGGCCGGAGUGUCCACGACUGUCUCUUCAGUCCCCAACACAUGAACAGUACUCAAUGCCAAAGUUACUUUCUUUUCCUCGGUCGUCUGUCUUCUAACGACGUGGGCAUGCAACUGUUGAACAGUUUACAAAUCUUCAAACAACUUGAACAUUUGGCAACAACCACGAACAAUGACUGCUACGUGAAGUUGAUCGUUUCGUCUUUGGAUUAUAGUAAUCCAGGACCUUGUAGGGACUUGUUGAGUGAGGUUUUGAAGUGUGCUGUUGAAAGUUCGAGACUAUACGCGACUCAAUUUUUAUUAGUGCUGCUAAGAGCAGGAAUUAACAAUUUUUCUGAAUGGGGAGUUAGAUGUCUAGUCAAACAAUUGAAAGAUUCCUCAAGGUCGGUGUAUCUCACCGCCUUGAAUACAUUACAUGAGGCUUGUGAAGUCGAAAGUUGUUUAGAAACUUUAGUUAAGUUAAAUCCAAAUUUAAGUCAUUUGGGUGAAAAAGGUUCGUUAUUAUCGCUCAGGUUAUUAUCGAUAACUUCUGGUUUUCAAUUGUUAAACAAAAACGACUUCGUUGUAAACGAAAUUAAAAGAUGGGACGAAUAUUUUAUUUAUAGAUAUAUAAAACUAGUCGAAGGUGAAACUUCCGAUGCUUUGACUUUACAUCAAAGAGACGAAGAUGGGAAAUAUGAUAAGAGGACAAGUACGAUAAGGACAACAAACCGCAAAGAUUUUUUCCUACCACCGCAUCUUUACGGCCAGUUGGCACGACACACUGACGGAUUUCUCAUACUAGUACAGCACGGAUCGUUGGAAAUUAUGAUACAGUUGCUCACAAAUGGCGUUUGUGACACCGAAGACGACAUUUUGAAACUGAAAGCUUCAAUUUGGGCUUUGGGUCAUUUCGGUAGUACCAGCGAAGGCCUAAGAUACCUCAUCUUGCACAAUUCUUUGGCAGCUUUAAUAACUUUAGCACAAGAGUGCUUAGUUUUAUCGAUUCGAGCAACUUCGUAUUACGCACUCGGUCUAAUCGCGACAACCCGACAAGGAGCAGACGAAUUAUUCAAAUUAGGUUGGUUUUGUAUACGUCACAACCGACACGUGGCUUGGCCCAUCAUCGAAGAGGAGGCGUGGGAGGAGGACAACGAGGACAGUUUGCGACUCCCUAGUAGUUUCCCUGAUAUCACGCCCACCUUGUAUUACUUUGAUUCGGGAAUUAAGGACGCUGAGGGGAGCACUGAUGACGAUGCUUCCGAAUCAAUGUUGCCCGAUACUACAGUGGCUGGUCCUCAGAAAAGUCUCACUUUGCCGGCCAAUCAAAACCAAGCAUCGGGCUACCACAAGAGGUCGCUGUCCGAGUCGAAAACCUUCGAGAUUAUCCGAGCGCCUCAAGACAGUAAAAAAGGCAGCUUCCGGUUGGGCACGGAAAUCGUAAGACGUGUCCGGAACAAUUCCACGACGGAAUCGACGACUUCCGGGGUAAGUUCGUGCGAUUCCUUCGGCGGAGGUAAAUCUGUGAUCUACGAACGGCCGCAAAUUUUGAKUCCUAUACCAAGUUCCUGUAGUUUGAGUACUUUAAAACAGUCGGCGAAACUCCGGCGACAUUCAGAAUCAUCACGGCGAGUUUCUGUGCAAAGCGGAUCUAACUCCGAUCGCUCGCUCCAAUCGCUAGGUGGGGGCGGGUCGAGUAAACUGAGUCAUCAAGAUCUGGUUGGUUACGCCACACUUAGGUCGUUACGGAAGUCUCCUCGAUAUUUAGAAGAGCCCGCCUACGAUGAUUCGGAUGAUAUUCGGAGUGAUAGUAGUUGGGAUGUCCCGAUUUCGUUAAUUGAGGAUUUCAACCUUCUAAAUACCACCGGGUCGAGUAUUAAGCGAUUUAGUGUUCAUGAUAGAAACGAAAGCGAGGAUAGAUGUUACAUGGGUGUUACUUUACCUCAUCACAUUAAUCAUUUGUUUUUGGAUGGGGAAAAUGAGGCACGUGAUGUCUCCUUGGAUAGAUUUCCUAUAGUCGACGACGAGAUUGUUUAUGCCAUGCACGAUUUUAAGGUCCGUGAGGAGACUCUCUGGAGACACGACACUGAAACUUGCUUUGUUUGUUCGUGGAAAGGUUCUAAAGACGAGGUUUUUGUAACGACAUCUAGCGAUCCCUUGGACUGUAAAUACAACCCAAACAGCCCUGAUAAUGUUCUCAAGGGUCAGGUUUUGCAUCUGGUCGACUUAUUUUCUAACCCCGUUUGGGCCAAACAAGUGAAACAGUCGCUCUUGCAGUACAAGCAAGGCAGUCCUCACGUCUUCCAAGAUGCUUGUAUUUACUCAGAAGUAUGCAAAAUGAUAUCGGAAUGUGCGUAUCGUUCGUCGCCCCGUCGGAUGCUCCACGAACUCUUCCUCGAAGUGAAAUUCGACGAUCUCUAUUUGCAAUGUGGGAAAUUUCUGAAAAACGCCGCACAGAACAAUGUCGAUUCCGGUAAGUCAUCAGGGGAUUCGAUCGAUAGUGAAGGGGCGCAGUCAAAUAUAAAGAAAUUAGAUUCGUUAAAACUCGCAUAUAAAGAGAAUAAAUUCCCGAUUCGGAAUCGAAACGAAUCGAAAAUCGUGUAAUUUUUAGUUCCUCUAUUUUUCGAAUUGAUACAGGGUGUUCUGUUUCUAGGUUUAAGUUUUUUUGCGUUACGUGUAGUCUGUCGCUUUGUUUUUGUUGUAUAUAUGGAACAGUUCAUUCCACUCGGGAGAACAACCUGUGUGUAUAUAAUUAAUUUAUUUGACUUUUCCUAGCCGUUGUUAUUUUACCGAUUUGUGAUCAAAAUAGUGAAAUUACGUGUCAGAAAAAUUCGUUUAUUCGCAUGUGACACAAUUAUCGUUACUUUUUUACAUACAAAAAAUAUAAAUAAAAAAUAUACACAAGUAACAAGUAUAUAAUUCCGAAGCACCCUCUUUUCCUGCGACACUUCCUUCAGAAUUCUAUACAAUUACACGUUAAAAAUCUUGGAAUUAAGUUUUCGAGAAACGUUGGAUUUUCCGUAGGAGCAUUGCCACGUGCAUAAAAUUCUAAACCAUACAUGGUAACCAGAGUAGCCAUACCCAAACAGAGUGAAUACCAAAACAAGAUAUUAAAAAGUGGAGUUUUUGGAACCCCUAGAAAAUUAAAGAUUGAUCCAAACACUAAAAAUUCGACAAACAACAAGGGAAAAAAGAAGCCAAACAUGUAAGUCAAGAUCCAUUCGUGUACAACGGCCGAAAUCGAAAAAACAGCAAAUUUAGCAAAUAGAUGGUUUGUUUUGAAAAGAAAUUCGGAAAAAUCUCGGUAUAUGUAAAGAUACAACCAAUCCUGGACGAUUAUGUUCCAUUUACGGAAAUAACCCGAAUAGUCAGUACAAGUCCACCAAUCUAGAUAAAACAACCGAUCUCCAAACCGUGUCAACUCGGCAAAUAAAUUUUGCCAAGAGUGUAAAACUAUGAAAAACAUGGGGAGCAGGAUAAGUGCCCCUGUGAUGGUGUUUUCGAAAAUACAUAAAAUUAUUUCUUUCACGGUGUAGGAUCGCAAGCCGAAGUCUUGAAUCGUGGGAUUGAGAAAUCUGUCGAUAACGAAACUCAUGAAGAAGAUGACGCCCACGCAUUCUAACGCUCGGAAACAGACAAAAGUCCAAUCGAUUUUAUCACGACGAGGGUAAGUCUCACGAUAAACUAAUGUAGGGACAAACAGAAAGUACACAAAAUUACUCAAAGUUGGAAGAGUUACAACUUCAUCUGUGUGAGGUUUUGUUGGGCAAGUGUUUCGAAUAAAAGAGUGAAUUUUCAUCAAGAGACGCGUCUGGAAAUGACAAAUUAGUAAUUCUGUUUAGAAAAUUUAUCAUACUCACUUGUUCGGCUAACACGAUACUUGCAGAAGCCGGUGGUAAAGCAAAAUAAGUUACAACAUAACCCGCAAUUUUGAAAGAUGAAACGUAGUAAAGCCCAAGUAGCGUCACCCCAACCCAGUUCCAAAUUUUCAAGUGGCUCACUGAAACCGAAUUUUCCAAAAUUAUACUUUCCGGGAAAAAAUAUCUCACAUUUGGGGAAGAAAAUUCUCUGCUUGGCCCAGAUUUUGUAAAAGUGAUAAACCAAACAAGUAAAUAAAAAAUAUCCAAGCCAUAUUAGGGACACUAUGUGUAUUUUUCCAAAACCUUGUUGAAUUAAUCUAAGACCUAAAAUUAUUCUGAAAUAAAUAAUUUGAUGAAGUUGUAAUGUAUUUUUUCGUUGUCACACUCACUCUUCUUUUUUCAAAUAAUCGUAAACGGCUGUGUUAACAAAUAGACCGAUUAAAGUUGCUAUAAACAUAUGAUAAACAGUCCGUAUGUGUUUGUUUUCGAAUAAAUCGGUUAAGAGCGAAUUUCUGAUAGUGAAUUCUUUUCCUUUUGUUCUACAAAAUGGAUCAGUUCGAAAUAAUAUUUACUAGCAUGGUAAAAGGGUUUUUACUGGCGGACAGAAGGAUAUGACUGGCGAGUCGAAGUCGAGUCAGUCACUUUCUGGAGCCGGUACAACCCGUUACCUUGCAUGUAUUGUUUAAUAUUUUAUUUGUUAAUCACUGUAAAUUACUAUUAUAAAUAUUAAAAAUUCUAGAAAUUCUGACAUUUGAAAAAAAUUAUGAGCUUUAGAUAGAUGCCAGUUAUUGAACUGGCUAGCCUGUUAAGGGAAAUUUUCAAGGUGAAUACAGUGACUUAUAAAUUGUUGUUUACAAGUGAGAAACAAAGAAAUUAUUUAACGGUGCUUAAUGCUUACCCUUACCUUAAUGUUUUCCCGUUCUGAUUCAUUAUGGUCCUGCAAUAUAUAAAUAUACUCAGACACUUCCGUUGUUGACACUCCAGCUACUGAUAAUUGAAUGUUUUUCAAUUCAUUGCUUAAAUUUUAUUAUUAGUUAUAAGAAGAUUUGAAAUAAGCUGUUACAGCAAAAUUAAGUACUAAUAUUUAUUUCGCCGCCCC